UAAUCGAACCUCCAAACUCCUUGAAUCACUCAGUGAAGAAGCUAUUAACCAUGAAAAGUCUCAUUCUGUUAGGAUUGGUCGCCUGUGUGACUGUAACGCUCGCUGAAGAUGAUGAAUCCAUGGCACUGAAUUACCUCAGUCAGUUCCACUACAUCUCACCAUCUCGUUCCGGUAACCAUGACGUCGAGACAGCCGUUCGAAAUUUCCAGAGGUUCGCUGGUCUUCCAGAAACUGGUGAAAUCGAUGAGGCCACCGUUCGUCAGAUGAAGAAACCUCGAUGUGGAAUGCCUGAUGUGGACGASAGUGGAAGUCGUAUCAGAAGAUACAAGUUGGGCUCCAAGUGGAGAAAGAAGCAUCUGACAUACUUCGUUGAGCACGGACGUGACUUAUCGUCUGGUGAACAGGACAGAAUCUUUGCAAAAGCUCUGAAAUACUGGGCUGAUGUAUCUGGACUGAGCUUCUCAAGGGCCUCAAGCGCAUCCUCGGCUGACCUCAAAAUCAGCUUUGGAGCCAGAAGCCACGGUGGAAGUUCAGAGAGAAGAUGUGCCUAUGCCUUCGAUGGACCAGGGAAGGUUUUGGCCCACGCCUUCUUCCCCAGUGAUGGACGCGCUCACUUCGAUGAGGACGAAAGAUACACCGACGGAACAUCAAGCGGAACCAAUCUCUUGUGGGUGGCGACUCACGAGUUUGGCCACUCCCUUGGCUUACAUCACAGUGACGUCAGGAAUGCUGUCAUGUAUCCUUACUAUACUGGAUACGUACCAAACUUUAGACUCCAACAAGAUGACAUCAAUGGAAUCCGAGCUCACUACGGAGGAGGAGGAGGAGGAGGAGGAGGAGGAGGAGGAGGAGGAAGCUGCUCAGACAAGGACAGGAGAUGCAGAGGGUGGAAAAGCUAUUGCAGAAGUAAUGACUACGUUAAACGAAACUGCCAGAAAACCUGUAAUACGUGUUAAGAUCAUUCAGCCGACGUCACCAAGCUGAAUCGACUGAUCUCUGCCUAAAUGUUUCACUAGCAACUACCACGGCAGUUAUAGAUUUGUCAAUGUCUGUUAGUAACCUAAAUAACACCCAAAUAAAUAUUAAACAUCUUUUAUAAGAUGUAUAAUA